GAAUUCAGGGAAUGGAUCAAAUAAACGGCGUACCGGACUUAUAACUACAUACGUUGCAACUUUACCACAAUCUUCAAGAGAUGUUCUGUCUCAGGCUGGAAUAAAGAUAUCACGGAUUUCAUCGAAACCGACUUUUGAUUACGCAUGUUUUCUAAAGGGUUUGCAGUUCCUUGGAAGUACGCGUUAUAUUUUGGAUUCUAUUAAUUACUGGAAUCGUUGUAGAACAUGGAAGGGUUAUAGUGAUAACCCUAUCCUUAGGAAGAGGAUAUUUAUUGUCAUCCAAGAAUUAAUGAAACAUUUCUUUAGGAAAUCCAAAGUUUUAUAUAAGUUGAAUGCAGGAUCAGGAAUCAUAGUCCCUGAAAUCUUGGCAAAUGUGAUAACCGAGAUACCCGAAGCAAAGAAAGUUUUAUCUAAAUUAAGAACUUUUACUUGUGGCUCCACUGUUAAUACUGCCAAAUUUAUUCGUCAUAUUCAACAAUUGGAAGUCCAUCCAUAUGAAGAUUUAAGUGAAUUAUCCAAGUUAAUUAGUGUUCACAAAUUCUUAUCAUCGAUAAGUAUGGAGGAAAAUCACACUUCUGGGAAAUAUCUUGGACCUCCAACAUUGGCAAAUUUUGUUAAUCUUGAAGAAUUAAUCUUAUCUGCAUUUGAUGAUCAAGAUUACCCACGAUCAAAAUGGAUCCAACUAACGGGAUUACAACAAGUAAUAAUACACAGUCACAAGUUAUUUGAUCCAAACAAUUCCGGAUUACUGAUCGCCAAUAUUGCACAAUUUUGUCCAGAUAUUAUCUUGUACGAGGGACCCAUCUUACAAGAUAAUAGAAGAGAAUUUACGAAAUUACUAGAUUCUUAUAAUCACCUAAGGUCAUUACACCUUCGUCCAUCAAAGGGAAUUCCUGAUGCGUUAAAUCAAGAAUCGUCAUCAACGAAUCAAAGGAAUUCCGAAGGAAAAGUCGAUUUUGAUGCCAUUUUUAAGGAAAUCACAAUAUCAGAUGGAUGGAUGAUAUCAGCGGAAGCCUUCGAAAAAUUUCUAGAAAGUCGAGUGGAAAUGUCUCGACCUGUUUGUUUCUAUUGGAAUCCUACCGUGCAAUUUAAAGGACAAAUGGAGAAGUUUGUAAAACGUAUCAUCGAUAUGGAGAGCGCGUCUAAAUUUUAUGUGUUCUUACAUGGCAAUUUGACUAGUGAAUUGGGAGGUGACAAAAAAAAUUCUUUAGGGUAA